AUGGAUAUUGUUUCUGGUGUGUUAGCUCAAAUCUCAACUUUAAUUGUAGGUGAGGCAAACUUGUUAGGAGGGGUUGGACAAGAGAUCCAACGCAUGGUUGAUGAACUUGGACAUAUGCAGGCUUUCUUAAGAUUUGCAGAAUCUAAGGAAGAAGAAGACCCUCGGCUUGAAGAGUGGAUCGUGCAAGUUCAAGAUGUUGCUUAUGAUAUCCAAGAUGUAUUGGAUGAAUUCAUGUUGCGUUUCAGGCAUCAUCAUGGACAGGGUUUUUAUGGACAUGUUCGGAAGAUUUUCUCCUCCAUGAAGAACUUGCGGGAGCACCAUCGAAUUGCUUGUGUGAUACAAGGCAUUAAGUCUAGAAUCACUAGUAUAUCUGAAAGUUACAAGAGGUACCAAUUUGAAUAUGGUGCUUCUUCUAACCAAGUCUUAUCAGCUUCUUCAUCGGUUGUCACCAACAACAACUCAUGGCGGGAUUACAGAGAUGACACCCCGCUCCUUGUAGAAGAAGCAAAGCUGGUCGGAAUUGAUGGCCCGAAACAGCAGCUCAUUUCUCAACUCCUUGAUGGCGAUCCCGAGCUUAAAGUUGUAUCAGUUCUUGGAAUGGGAGGAAUAGGGAAAACUACUCUGAUUAAAAAAGUCCAUGGAGAUGGAAAUGUGUUAAGACAUUUCCAAGUCCUUGCCUGGGUUACAAUUUCGCAAACAUAUGAUAUGAAAGAGUUGCUUAAGGAAUUGAUUCAACAACUUUAUAUAAGCGUUGGAAAAUAUAGUCAUCGGGAAGAAGCUAAAACCGAGCAGCUAAAAGCGCUUGUCAAGGACUUUCUCCAAAACAAGAGGUAUGCAAUUGUCUUUGAUGACGUUUGGGACUCAAAUUUUUGGGAGGCAAUUAAAUUUGCAUUGCCUGAAGGUUGUCAUGGAAAUCGUGUGAUACUAACUACUCGAAUAGCAGAUGUAGCUCGUGCCUCUGGUGCAGAAUUUAAUAGCUAUGUUCACCAAAUGCGACCAUUAUCUUCUGAUGAUUCUUGGACUCUUUUUUGCAAGAGGACGUUCAAAGAUAAUUGUUGUCCUGUCCAUCUCAAAGAUGUUGCUCUUAGAAUAUUGAGAAAAUGCAUUGGACUGCCACUUGCAAUUGUGGUAAUUAGUGGAGUAUUGGCAUCGAAAGACAAUGGAAAAAUAGAUGAAUGGAAUAUGGUUGAAUGCAGCCUUGGCGGUGAACUUGAGUUUAGUGGUAAAUUGAGUGCAGUUAGAAAAAUUUUGUUGCUAAGUUAUAAUGAGCUGCCAUAUCAUUUGAAGACUUGUUUGUUAUAUGCAAGUAUUUUCCCGGAGGAUUACAAAAUAAAAGAGUCGAAUUUCAUUCGAUGUCUGGUUGCAGAAGGAUUCGUUGUACAGAAAUCGAGGAUGACAAAAUAUGAGGUGGCACGAGCCUAUCUUGAUGAACUUGCCAACAUGAGUCUUAUUCAAGUUUCAGAUGGAUCACCUGGUACGGAUUUUUUUAGAGUGUAUCAAAUUCAUGACCUUCUGAGAGAAAUCCUUCUUUCAAAGGCAAUGAGACAAAAUUUUGCAACUAUAGUAGCCUCAGGGGAGCAUCCAAUUAGGUUGCCUAGAAAGGUUAGACGCCUAGCAUUCCAUGAUUUCAAAUCUGAUGCUAAGGGAAGUUCCAUUUCCUUCAAGCAUUUGCGAUCUUUGAUUUUCAUCAACUCUUUGGAACCUUUGUCAAAAUCCCAGCUUUCUCGGAUGUUACAUGGUGGCUUUAGGCCAUUGAAGGUAUUAGAUUUGGUAAGUACAGGUUUAAAGGAAAUUCCCAAAGAAGUGUUUACACUGUUUUACCUCACUUCUCUGAAUCUCAAACACACAAAGGUGAAGAUCAUACCAAGAUCCAUUGGAGCUCUAAAGAAUUUAGAGUUUUUGGAUCUAUCAUACACCAAUGUGAGCGAGGUACCAGAAGACAUACUGAAGAUAAAGGGACUGAUUCAUCUAAUCGUGUAUCGAUGUAGUGUGAGUUCAGGAUUUACCGUCAAGGGGUUUAAAGGCCCAAAUAAUAUCUCCAAGUUUUCCUCUUUGGAGCAGUUGUUGUGCAUAGAAGCAAAUGAAACAGUGAUCAAAGAGAUAGAAAAGCUCAAGAAAUUGAAGAUACUGGCCGUUACGAUUAUAAAAAGAGAAGACCAGAAACACUUUUUCUUCUCUCUUGGAAAGCUCACCAAUCUUAGGGAACUUUUUCUUCAAACAGCAACUUCUGAUGAGGUAAUUGAUCUUGAUGACAUUAACUCUUCAUUCUGUUCAGGUCUCCAAAAUCUCCAAAAUUUAUGUUUGAUUGGUCGCUUGAAAAGGUUACCCCAUUUAAUGUCUUGCUUAAAAGGAUUGCUUGCGGUAAAGUUGGUUUCGAGCAGGUUGAAGAGUGAACCUCUUGAAUCUCUCCAACACUUGCCAAAUUUGCGAGGGAUUUUGUUCGACCAAGCUUAUGAGGGAGCGGUUUUGAACUUCAAAUCUGGGUGUUUCUUGAAACUUGACAGUUUGAUCCUUGUCAAGUUACAUAGUUUGGAAUAUCUGAGAAUAGAAGAAGGUGCAAUGCCUAACCUUGGAACGUUAGCUAUCAUAUCCCUUCAAUCAUUGCAGGAAUUUCCUUGGGGAGUUCAACACUUGGCAAAAGUCCAACAACUGUAUUUGGAGUUGAUGAGUGAUAAAGUGACUGUUGAACUACAGAAUCAUCACGAAGAUAGUGAAAAUUAUAAGAAAAUAAGUCACAUUCUUCAAAUUUUGAUCUGGGAUCGCGAAGACGGAUGGUGUAGACACCCACAAUAUUGGAAGACAAGAAAACCAGGCAUGAGCUUUACUGGACUACCUGCUCACGUCGAGGGAAUCAACAACCAUCAGGAACCUGUGGGAUACUAUUCUGUCGCGACUCCUUCAGAGGUUGCAUACAUACGGUGA